AUGCUAAAGUUACCAAAGCAUAACAAAGCGAAUUUAGUAAAAAAAUUUUUCCAGCUGGAUUUUGGCUCUAACAGAAUAGCAGAAGUGGAAGAGGAAAGCUUACUUGGUUUGUCAAAUUUAACUUAUCUUUACUUAUCAAACAACUCUAUUUAUCAAGUGGAAACGAACUCAUUUCAAUACACACGCCAACUCCAACAACUAAAUCUCGCGAGAAAUUUACUGGUAGAAGUGCCACUAGAAGUAGGGCAUUUAUUCAAACUGCGUCAACUCGACCUAUCUUAUAAUCAGAUCAGCAAAGCUUACAAAUUUCUUUUCAACAAACUGCCAUAUUUGCAUUCACUGAAUCUUCACAAAAACAAACUCCCAUCGAUCGAACUGUACAUAUUUUCGGAUAUACCACGUCUUAUUGAACUUAAUUUGUCUUUUAAUAUCAUUGAUAAUAUCGCAGAAGCAGCGUUUACAAAAUGUCCCAAAUUACGGCAAAUUGAUUUAUCAAAUAACUAUCUGACAAAUUUCAACGGAGCACUUCGUGGCUUACAAAGUCUGAAACGUCUUAAUGCAAGUUACAAUAUUAUUCAACUGAUUGAGUGGGAUGAAUUUCCAGCAACUAUGAUCCAUCUUGAUAUGGGUUUUAAUGAAAUUGCUAAAAUUAACAAAGCAGACAUGUCCAGAGUACGCCAUGUACAGCUACAACAUAAUCGCAUUAUGUCUCUAAGUGGUGAACAGAUUCCAAAUACAUUGGAAACGAUUGAUCUGCGUGAUAAUAUAAUUCAUAAUAUUGAGAAUGGUACCUUCCGUAAUAAAUCUUCUUUGAUUAGCAUCAAUUUGCGCAACAACGCACUGUCUAUCUUACAGAAAGAAGCUUUUGAAGUUGACAAUUUGAGCAGCACUCAUUCGGUGCGAUUAAAAGUAUCUGAUAAUCCACUCAUUUGUAGCUGCGAAAUGGAUUGGAUUCUCACUAAUGAACAAGAAAAAUCUCAGAUUGAUAUUUCUGAUGAUAAUCAAGCCAAAUGUUCCCAUCGAUUUGACAAGCGAAAAAUUCAGCUUUCAGAACUUACCAAAGAUGACUUACUCUGCAGCUAUAAGCAGAUUUGUGAACCUAAUUGUAUAUGUUGUCAAUAUGGCAACUGUGACUGCAAAUCGAAAUGUCCCCAAGGCUGUAAUUGCUAUCAUGAUGCUACGUUUAUAAAAAAUAUCGUACGAUGCUCCGCAUUAAGUAUUGAAGAUCGAAAAAAAUUCACCACUAAAGAUCUGCCAAUGUACGCUACACAUAUAUACCUGGAAAAUAUGGAAAUACCUGUUAUUCAGAGCCAUGAUUUUCUGGGUCGUACACGUCUUCUACACUUACAUAUUAAUCAUUCCUCUAUACGAGAAAUACAACCACUGGCUUUCAAUACAUUACCUUCCUUACAGUUACUAGAUUUAUCAGGAAAUCAUCUGAUCCGAUUGACAGGUGAUGAACUGUUUCGUACAAAUAAGAUCACUACAUUUUUUCUUCACAAUAAUAUGUUAAUGUCAUUGGGUAAUCGACUCAACGAAAUAAUGCCUAUUCUCAAUACCAUCACUCUACACAAUAAUAAGUUAGAGGACUUGCCACAAUCGAUUGAGCAAUAUGGAAAACAACUUAAAGACAUAUCAUUAGGUCACAAUUUAUUUCGGUGCGAUUGCUCGUUCCGCUUUCAUACACAAUUUUGGUUGCCACGCAAUUUAGAUAUAAUACGUGAUGUGUCGGAUGUUUUAUGCGUAGAAAAUGUUACUCAUGCUAUUCGUGAAAAUGAUACAACAAUUCUUAGUCCUUAUCCUCCUAAUUUUGGAGAAGAUAUAUUUCGUAUACCAAUGGCACAAUUCAUUGCUACCGCUAAUACCACUAUUUGCGCACCCACUGCAAGUGGUGUCUUCGGUACGAAAGGAACGACAAAUUCAUUUCUCGUCAUAGCAGUUCUAUUUGGAACAGCAAUAAUCUCCACUGGUUUAAUAUUGCUGGCAAUAUUAACGCUACGAAAAACUAAAGCAGUAACGGUGCAACGAAGAUAUAAGGUACCACCAUCAUUCACUGGCACGCGAACGACACCUGGAUCUAGUCCUUUGCCACUCAUUCAUUUUGAUGCUUUCAUUAGCUAUUCAAAGAAGGACGAGAAAUUUAUCAUCGAUACUUUAUGCAGGCAACUCGAAUAUGAGGAAUACAUCUUAUGUCUGCUACAUAGAGAUGGACCAAAUUAUAGUUCCCGACUUCAUACUAUAUCUGAUGAACUUAUCAACCAAAUGGAAUGUGCGCAAUCACUCAUACUAGUGUUAACACUACAUUUCUUAGACAAUGAAUGGAAAACACUACAGAUCAAGACUUCGCACCAAAUUUUUGCUAAAAAUCGUCAUAAAAAGUUAAUAGCAGUUCUCGGUGAUGGUAUUGAACCGAACCAACUGGAUGCUGAACUGGGUCAAAUUUUACGAAAAAACACAUGCAUCCGAAUGAAUGAUCCGUUAUUCUGGAACUUACUGCAUUCUGCUCUGCCAAUAAAGAUCGCUCCAUCUUCUUGCAGUGCUGGCUCAUCACAGAUUUACUCAGACUGCUAUGGUAGUAUUGUGCCUAGUGAUAUUGUUUAG